AUGGUAUUUCGAUACGCUCAACCAGUUCUAAUCAGCACCGCAAUCCGCUCCAUGAGCAAGCCAUCGUCGCAAUCUUCGGAAACAGAAUACUCCGUAAUUCUGAUGGCGGUUAUCUUAUCCGGGGCAUGGUACCAACACCGCCUGAAUUUGCUCCGGGUUAUGGUUCGAGGUGCUGUUGUCGGUCUCAUCAACCACAAGUCCCUGAGUCAACAGUCAGGCGGCUACGACGACGGACGAGCUGUGACGCUGAUGAGCGCAGAUGCGGAUAAUGUAACCGAAGCUGCGCCCAUGUUCCACGAGGCAUGGGCGCAGAUCCUCGAGGUUAUAUUGGGUCUGACGAUGCUAGCCCGAGAAGUCGGAAUGAGCCGGUACUUGGCCAAAAAUCUUCAGACCAAGCAAAAGGCCUGGAAUGUGGCUACCCAAAACCGCAUUGCGAUGACCACAUCAAUGCUCGCCUCGGUGAAAAGCUUGAAGAUGCUUGGGGUUACUGCGUACACUGAAUCGCUGAUCCAGAACCUGCGACUUCAAGAGCUGGAGAUGGCUAGUAAAGUGCGGUGGAUGAUGCUUGCCUACAAUGCAAGUGCAAAUGCCCUUGGGAUAUUCUCGCCCAUCUUGACGCUCGUGCUCUUCGUCAUUGUGGCAAGCUUCAGCAGCACAGCACUUGACACGGAGACUGCAUUUACGACCACUGCACUUCUCGGAUUAGUGACUCACCCUGCAAACAUGAUCAUGACGAUUAUCCCUAGGGCAGUUGGCUCUUUGGCCGCUUUCGAUCGCAUCCAGCAGUAUCUCUUGCAGCCGCCUCAAAAUGAUGAAAGAAUAACAUUGAAGAAGGUCCAUGAUAGCUCGAGCGACACUUCACCAGCCAUCCGCUUCGAGGAUGUUACAAUUCAAACCAGUCCAUCAAUGCCUCCGCUCCUCACAAACAUCAAUCUGGUCAUUAACAGAGGGUCGAUCGCUAUAUGCUCCGGAUCAGUAGGAAGCGGCAAGACGAUGCUGGCCAAGUCCCUCAUGGGCGAAGUUUCUCCGGCGCGUGGGGAAAUCUCGGUGUCGUCGAAGCGCAUAGGCUGGUGUGAACAGUCACCAUGGCUGCCAAGUGGCACUCUCAAGGAGGCCGUGUGCGGUUUUUGCCCGGAAGAGCCAGGCUGGUACGAACAGGUUAUUCGACUUUGCUGCCUCGACGAAGACCUUUUAACACUCCCCAAAGGAGACCACACUCCGAUCGGAAGCCGAGGCUUGAAUCUUUCCGGGGGACAACGACAGCGAGUAGCACUUGCCCGCGCUGUGUAUUCCCGUUGCGAGAUUGUGGUUUUGGAUGACUGCUUUAGUGCCCUCGAUGGCAAGACGGAAAGCCGAAUCGUGGGGAACCUCCUCGGCCCAACGAGUCUUUUUAGGAAGAUGGGGAUAACUGUCUUUUUCGCCACCAACUCUUGCAAGUUCAAGACCUUCCCUGGGACAUGGGCGGAUUUCACGCAAGACCCAAAACACAUUCUCAAAGUUCACAUCAACGACACACAGCAUAGCACUGCCGAGGAAAAGCCCCAAAUGGACAAAACCGUUCAGAGCCAAAGUCUCAAAGUUGCCGAUGCCAUCUCUGAUCUGAACAGGGCAACUGGGGAUUUUUCACUUUAUGAUUAUUAUAUUCGGUCCGUUGGCGUUCAGAACUUCCUUCUUCUUCUAGCCUGCACAUCGUCAUAUUCGUUCUUUAUCACGUUCCCCCAAUAUUGGUUGCAAAAGUGGACUGAAGCGCCCAUCUCCCAAACGUGGUUUUACGUCGGGGGCUAUCUAAUUUUAUCCCUGCUGGCCUGGGUUUCUACUAAUGGUUCGAUGUGGUCUACGCAUAUCCGUAUUGCACCAGAGUCUGGAGCUGAACUCCACCGCCGACUUCUUUCAACCAUCAUCGGGGCUCCAUUGCUAUACUUUUCGACCACUGACAUCGGAGUUAUAUUGAAUCGUCAGGAUAUGCAGUUGGUCGAAGGUGUUGCGACAAUCCGGGCGUUCGGCUGGGAGAAGCAAGUCGAGCAGGCAAAUAUCCGCCAUCUCGACAAAUCCCAACAGCCUGCCUACGUACUCUUCUGUCUUCAGCAGUGGCUGAGGAUCGUCCUCGACCUGAUGGUAGCCGCCCUAGCAACCAGUCUCAUUACUCUCGCUAUUUUGAUCAGGGGGACGACAACAGCGGGACAGAUUGGUAUGGCGCUGAACAUUGUGCUAGUUGCCAACGGUACUCUGCUUGCACUUGUGACAUCUUGGACGAAUGUCGAAAUAUCGCUCGGUGCCAUUUCUCGCCUCAAAAGCCUAGAGGCUGAGACGCCGAAGGAGGACAAACCGUACGAGGAUUUUAUACCUGCUGAGACUUGGUCAUCGACCGGAGUUGUCGAGUUCGAUGAUGUCACGGUGGCAUACAACCACGAAGCAGUAGCUCUACAGAAUGUCACGAUGAAGAUUUCCGCAGGUCAACAACUAGUCAUUUGUGGUCGGACAGGCAGCGGGAAGAGCACCCUGUUGCUCACCCUCCUGCGUCUAUUGGACGUAAAGUCUGGAACUAUCAAGGUUGACGGCCUCGAUCUAAGCCUAGUCCCCCGUUCUUUGAUCAGGCAGAGAUGCUUCAUCACAGUUACUCAGGAUCUUUUCGUCCUUGCCCAGGCUAGUCUACGCUUCAAUCUAGACCCUUCUGCUUCUCUCCCUGAUGAAGCCAUCGUUGCAGCGCUCCAAAAGACCUUCCUGUGGUCACAUUUCAACGCAGGGAAUGCUGUACCGAGAGAAGCCCACGACAUCUUGAACAGCUCCAUCGCGUCCUUGCCGCAAAUGUCUACCGGUCAGUCACAACUUUUCGCGGCAGCCCGAGCGAUUCUUCAACUUCAAUCCCUCAACCAUGCACGGAGUUCAUCGGGGCCCCAACUUGACGGCGGACAUAUCAUGCCGAUCUUAUUACUGGACGAGGCUACGUCAUCCCUUGAUCCAGAGGCCGAAUCAGCCAUCCGCAACAUUAUUCACCAAGAGUUUACGGAGAAGGGACAUACCGUCAUUACUAUCACGCAUAGGUUGAGCGGUAUAACUGAGGGUCUGCGGCCGGGCCGGGAUAUUGUUGCCUUGUUGUCGAAGGGGAGAGUAGAGAGAAUUGGCGAGGUGGAGGAGGUCUUGAGCAUAGCGGCUCUUUAG